AUAUCACGCCUAAUCCAGAGCAAAGCAAACGAGAGCUUGAUCUACGUAAACAUGGAAUCUAGGUAUAAAAAUAAUAAUAAAUAAAUAAAUAAAAUUAGUUAAAUACUUCGAACGUGUGGGUCUCAAUCGCCCGGCAACAGUCGGGAGUUAAAAAAACAAAAAAAAUAUAUCAAAUCCGAAAAUAAAUCGCCGUCGGUGGCGCUACGGCUGAGAAUGGGCGGAGGAACGGUGAUAAUAUUCGAUUUCGACAGGACGCUGAUUGAAGACGACAGCGACCGAUGGGUGGUGACGAAUAUGGGCCUCGCCCAAUUGUUCAAUCAUCUCCGAUCUACAUUGCCUUGGAACUCACUUAUGGACAGGAUGCUGGAGGAGCUACACAUCCAAGGGAAAACAGUCAAUGAUAUUACCGAUUGUUUAAAAACCAUGCCUUUGCAUCCAGAUGUCAUUGCAGUUAUAAAAUCAGCUCAUGCUCUGGGGUGUGACUUGAAGGUGGUUAGUGAUUCGAACCACUUUUACAUCAAAACUAUUUUGGAACAUCAUGGAAUAUAUGACUGUUUCUCAGAUAUUGUCACGAACCCUGCCGUCUUAGAUGGUGAACGGCUUAGGAUAUUUCCGUAUCAUGAUGGUGUUUCGUCACAUGAUUGUGAUCUUUGCCCUCGCAAUUUAUGCAAGGGCAUUGUGAUUAAGCAGAUCCAAACCUCUGUGACUGAAAACGAGAACAAAAGAAUAAUAUAUAUUGGAGAUGGGAUGAACGACUUUUGUCCAACCCUGAAGCUUGUCAAACGAGAUUAUGUUUUGCCAAGGAAAAACUUCCCUUUAUGGGGUCGAAUUGCGAAAAACUCCGAACUCGUUAAAGCAAAGGUUUUCGACUGGGGAAGUGGUGAAGAUCUUGCCAAGAUCCUGCUCCAACUUAUUAACAGCUAAUCCUUUGAAGCGGAUAUGUAGUGAGACUCGAACUGCUCAAUUCUAGUUAUGCACUGAGUAAAAUGUAUAGUGAAAAGUAUCCUAUGAUGUCUCGUAGAGAGUAAAUAGCGGCUCAUUUGUCAUUGUGUUUAAUUAUGCUGGCAAAAUUCAAGAUUCUUCUUUAAUUGGUUGGUUAAUAAUUUAUUACUGUGAGCAACUAUUCAUAUUGAGCAUGAAGAUUUGUCCGGGCGAUGCUGUCUUAUAUGCUUAACAUGUAUAAUUGUAUUAAUCGAGAUAUCGAGUACAAGGAUUAAGAAACCAAU